UUGCCUAAGGUCCACUAAGCAUGAACAUUGGACUUUUAUCAGUGUUAUAAAUUUGCAGUGAAAAAAUAAAAAAGUGAAAUCAACAGGAUCAGAAUUCGUUUUAUUUCAAGAUCACGAAAUUUUUACACUAAACUUUCAAUAAUAAAUAAAUUACUUAAGAAUAAUAAGUAACAUGUCAAUUUCGUUUUGAAAUAAAUAUUUCCAGAAUAACGUCAUAAUGACCUGCCAAUAAAAGCAAGUUGUCUAUUUCUAACGAUAAGUUACAGUUUUUAUUCGAUAACACAUCAAGUUUGAUAAAAAGGUCAAAUUCGACUUGAAGCUUUAGGAAUUGCAGUUUCUGAUAAUCGAUAUGUUAAAGAUGGAACUUUAAUUAUGAAUAUUUCUGCAUCGCCUUCUUUUGACUUUGACAUAAUUAUUUCAGAAGCAUUACAAUUUUCUGAACCCAUUUCUUGAUAAAAAAUAUUCACGAAAAUUUGGCACUUACGUCUGAUUUUUAGAAUGAAAUCAACAAAAAUCAAUAAUACAUUGAUUAGCGCUUUCUUGAUCAGAAAUUGAAACACACAGGGUGUUUUACAAUAGAACAAUCCGGAAUAAAAACUACAAUUUUCUUAAAAAUGACAAGUGUCACAAACCCGUUGAUGUUAGUAUGGUAAAGCUAUCAUUUAAAAAGAACUAAACUAAAAAAAUGUAAAAUCUAAAUUUUCGUAAUAAAUCGCAAAAACCAACCACUAAAUUUCUUAGUAAAUUAUGACUCAGAAUCGCGAAGUAAUCCAGAUCUACGUUGGUCAAGCAGGAGUACAGAUUGCUAACGCUUGUUGGGAACUUUAUUGUUUAGAACAUGGGAUACGACCUGAUGGGGUAUUUUACAAUUCAGAAUGCUGCAGAACGGGCGAUACCAGUUAUAGCGCAUUUUUUGGUGUAACGGUUUCAGGAAAAUGCGUACCCAGAGUAGUUAUAGUCGAUUUAGAACCAACAGUAAUAGAUGAAAUCCGUACAGGACAUUACCGACAAUUGUUUCAUCCUGAACAGCUAAUUACAGGCAAGGAAGAUGCGGCAAAUAAUUUUGCUAGAGGUAGAUACUCGAUCGGUUCGGAGAUGAUUGAUCUGGUUUUGGACAGGAUAAGAAAAGUUGCCGAUGAUUGCGCCAAUUUGCAAGGAUUUAUAUUAUUCAGAGCAUUUGGUGGCGGAACAGGAUCGGGUUUUGCCGCGUUACUUUUGGGAUCGUUGUGUAGCGAUUAUGGUAAAAAACCCAAAUUAGAAUUUGCCGUAUAUCCUGCUCCACAGAUUUCUCCGGUUAUCGUGGAACCGUAUAAUGCAGUUUUAACGUCCCACACUUCUAUUGAAUACGAAGAUCUCUGUUUCAUUAUGGACAAUGAAGCGUUGUACGACAUGUUAUCAAGAUAUUUAGACGUUACGAAACCCACAUAUACUAACUUGAAUCGACUAUUGGCUCAAGUUGUUUCGGCUGUGACAGCGUCUCUUAGAUUUGAAGGAGCAGUUAAUGUAACGUUGAUGGAAUUUCUAACUAAUUUAGUACCAUACCCAAGAAUUCAUUUUCCACUUGUGACGUAUGCGCCCUUGGUUCCAAUAACAAAAGCAUAUUAUGAGCAGUUGUCCGUGGCGCAACUGACUUACGGUUGCUUUGAACCAGCCAGCCAAAUGAUCAAAUGCGAUCCCAGAAAGGGAAAAUACAUGUCUUGUUGCUUGCUUUACAGAGGCGACGUUACCCCCAAUGACAUAAAUUCGGCUAUCGAAAGCAUACGAACUCACAAAAGUAUUUCAUUCGUUAACUGGUCACCAACAGGAUUUAAAGUGGGUAUUAACUAUCAGCCACCGGUGGCUGUACCUGGAGGAGACCUAGCGCAGGUGCAACGAGCUGUUGUUAUGUUGUCCAACAGUACUGCAGUGAAUUCGGCCUGGUCUCGUUUGAAUAAAAAAUUUGCUUUAAUGUUCAAAAAACGUGCUUUCGUACACCAUUAUGUCGGCGAAGGAAUGGAGGAAGGAGAAUUUAAGAAUGCUCAAGAUGACAUACUGGCUUUGGAAGCUGACUUUAAAGAAGUUGAAAGCGAUUAAAAAGCAUAAAUUACAAUUACUU